GGAAGUCCCGUGCUCCUGAGUCAGGGGAGGAGGGGGAGCUGCUGCCGGGCGCUGGUCAUGGCGUUAGAGACCCUCUCCCCGGACUGGGAGUUCGACCGCCUCGACGACGGCUCGCAGAAAAUUCAUGCCGAAGUGCAGCUGAAGAGUUACGGAAAAUUUCUCGAGGAAUAUACAUCUCAGCUGAAAAGAAUUGAAGAUGCUUUGGAUGACUCUGUUGGAGAUGUUUGGGACUUCAGUCUUGAUCCCAUUGCGUUAAAGCUUUUGCCAUAUGAGCAGUCCUCCUUACUGGAGCUCAUAAAGACAGAAAACAAGGUUCUAAACAAAGUGAUAACUGUGUAUGCUGCUCUUUGCUGUGAAAUCAAGAAGUUAAAAUAUGAGGCAGAAACUAAAUUUUAUAAUGGCCUCUUGUUUUAUGGAGAAGGAGCCACAGAUUCCAGUAUGGUAGAGGGAGAUUGCCAAAUACAGAUGGGAAGAUUUGUUUCAUUCUUGCAGGAGCUGUCUUGCUUUGUUACCCGGUGUUAUGAAGUAGUGGUGAAUGUAGUGCAUCAGUUGGCCGUCCUGUAUACCAGCAACAAGAAUUUACCUAAAAUUAUAGAGACAUCUGGAGUUCAUUUUCAGGCAAUGUAUGAGCAUCUGGGAGAGUUGCUCACUGUCUUAAUCACUCUGGAUGAAAUAAUUGGCAAUCAUGCCACUCUGAAAGACCACUGGACCAUGUAUAAGAGGCUGUUAAAAUCUGUCCAUCACAACCCUUCUAAAUUUGGGAUUCAAGAAGAUAAACUAAAGCCAUUUGAAAAGCUGCUGUUAAAACUGGAAUGCCAGUUACUUGACGGAAUGAUAUUUCAGGCCUGUAUAGAGCAACAGUUUGAUUCUGUAAAUGGUGGAGUGUCGGUGUCGAAGAACAGCACAUUUGCUGAAGAAUUUGCUCAUACUCUUCGCACAGCUUUUGCAAAUGUUGAAACCAAACUUGGUGAACCUUCAGAAAUUGACCAGAGAGAUAAAUAUGUGGGCAUCUGCGGCCUCUUUGUACUGCAUUUUCAGAUUUUUCGGACCAUAGACAAGAAAUUUUACAAGUCAUUGUUGGAUGUCUGUAAAAAGAUACCAGCCAUUACAUUAACUGCUAACAUUAUCUGGUUUGCUGACAACUUCCUGAUUCAGAAGAUGCCAGCUGCUGCCAAACUUCUGGACAAGAAAAGUAUUCAUACAGUUAAAAUGCAAAGGGAGAACUUUCUGCAGCAGAAGGCACAGUCACUUACCAAAGAUAUGCACUCCUAUUAUGUUUUUGUGAGCUCAUGGAUGACAAAAAUGGAGUCGAUCUUGUCAAAGGAGCAACGCACAGAUAAGUUCACUGAAGCACUUUCUAACCGUUGCAACGUCUUUAUCCAGGGUUUUCUUUAUGCAUACAGCCUUAGCACCAUCAUUAAAACUACAAUGAAUCUGCACAUGUCAAUGCAAAAACCUAUGACCAAAACUUCAGUGAAAGCUCUAUGCAGACUCGUGGAACUUCUGAAGGCAAUAGAACACAUGUUUUACCGAAGAAGUAUGGUUGUGGCAGAUUCUGUGACACACAUCACUCAACAUCUGCAGUAUCAGGCUCUUCACUCUAUUUCUGUAGCCAAGAAAAGAGUCAUUUCUGAUAAAAAGUAUAGUGAGCAACGCCUGGAUGUCCUCUCUGCUUUGGUGUUGGCUGAGAACACCCUCAAUGGGCCAAGUACAAAACAGAGGCGACUAAUAGUUUCCCUUGCGUUAAGUGUGGGAACACAGAUGAAAACUUUUAAAGAUGAAGAACUCAUUCCCCUUCAGUUAGUUCUGAAAAAACUGGACUUGAUCAGUGAACUCACAGAGCGAAUUCGAGCACAAUGUGACUGUUGUUUCUUAUACUGGCAUCGAGCAGUGUUUCCAAUCUAUUUAGAUGACGUCUAUGAAAAUGCAGUUGAUUCUGCUAGACUGCAUUAUAUGUUUAGUGCACUACGGGACUGUGUGCCUGCUAUGAUGCAUGCAAGACACUUGGAAUCUUACGAGGUGCUUCUGGAAUGCUACGACAAAGAAAUCAUGGAAGUGCUCAAUGAGCACUUACUGGACAAAUUAUGUAAAGAGAUAGAAAAGGACCUGCGCUUAUCAGUUCAUACACACCUAAAGCUGGAUGACAGAAACCCCUUCCGAGUUGGUAUGAAGGAUCUAGCUCACUUUUUCUUUCUGAACCCAAUACGUUUCUUCAAUCGAUUCAUUGACAUAAAAGCUUAUGUGACUCACUAUUUGGACAAGACCUUCUACAACUUAACAACUGUAGCUCUUCAUGACUGGGCCACCUACAGUGAAAUGAGAAACUUAGCAACUCAACGCUACGGUUUGAGUAUGACUGAAGCACAUCUUCCCAGCCAGACUCUGGAACAGGGUCUGGAUGUUUUGGAAAUCAUGAGAAAUAUCCACGUUUUUGUAUCCCGCUACCUCUACAAUCUGAAUAAUCAGAUCUUUGUUGAAAGAACAAGUAAUAACAAACACUUGAACACUAUCAAUAUCCGGCACAUUGCUAAUUCGAUUCGAACUCAUGGAACGGGAAUCAUGAACACAACAGUAAACUUCACUUACCAAUUUUUGAGGAAAAAGUUUUAUAUUUUUAGCCAGUUCAUGUAUGACGAACAUAUCAAAUCCAGACUUAUCAAAGACAUCAGAUUCUUCAGGGAAGUCAAGGAUCAAAAUGAUCACAAGUAUCCCUUUGAAAGAGCGGAUAAAUUCAACCGAGGCAUCAGGAAACUUGGAAUAACCCCGGAUGGCCAGAGCUAUCUUGACCAAUUCAGGCAACUCAUAAGUCAGAUUGGCAACGCUAUGGGUUAUGUACGAAUGAUCAGAUCUGGUGGACUUCACUGCUGCAGCAGUGCAAUUAGGUUUGUUCCUGAUCUGGAAGACAUCGUUAACUUUGAAGAGCUGGUGAAAGAAGAAGGACUUUCGGAAGAAACACAGAAAGCAGCAAGGCAGCUGGACUCUGUCCUCAGUGACCUCACACGUAACUUUGCGGAAGGGACAGAGUACUUCAAAAUGCUGGUGGAUGUAUUUGCUCCCGAGUUCCGCAGCCCGAAGAACAUGCACUUGAGGAACUUCUACAUAAUUGUUCCCCCCUUGACUCUCAAUUUUGUAGAGCAUUCCAUCAGUUGCAAGGAAAAAUUGAAUAAGAAGAACAAAAGUGGAGCAGCUUUCACUGAUGAUGGAUUUGCCAUGGGUGUGGCUUACAUUCUGAAGCUUUUGGAUCAGUACCAGGAGUUUGAUUCUCUGCACUGGUUCCAGUCUGUCAGAGAGAAGUAUGUGAAGGAAAUCAGAGCAGUAGCUAAGCAACAGAGUGUGCAGUCUACUAAUCAAGAUGAAAAACUGCUACAAACUAUGAACCUUACCCACAAGCGACUGGAAGUUUGUUUACAGGAAUUUGAACUCCUUUAUUUCUCACUGAGUAGCGCAAGAAUUUUUUUCAGAGCAGAUAAAACAGCAGCAGAAGAAAACCAGGAAAAGAAAGAAAAAGAAGAGGAAUCUGCUAAAGCAAGCAACGGAGACCUUUCCAGCUCCACACCUGCAGAUCCUGUUGUGAAAUGAUACGGCUGGUAUGGGUGACGAUUCCUUACUCAUGUAAUUCCUUUCCUUCUUGUUACCAGUAACACUCUGUAGGGGUUAAAGCUCUAGAUUUGCUCUCUCUGUUAAACCCAAGACAAAAUGUACGGUAGUAUACUAGCAUCCAGUGAGGCUAGGUCUGUGUUUGCCUGUAUUUCCUGUAGAAACUCCUAUUUUUCAGGAGUUUACAUUAUUUAUGGCACUUUCUUUAGACUGAAAAUUAUAUAAACCAUUGACCUUGGAGGUUAAAGCACAGAUGUGCAGAAAACAAAAAAAUCCUACUAAUUUUUAGAUGCAUUCUUGCAUCUCUAACACACCAUUUAAUAAAAACCCAAACCAAGACUCAUAGGUGUAAGAUUUGAACUGUUGCAUCUCUUCAACCAUAAAAAAUGAAAAGUAAUUGAUUCAGUGUGUAUCUGUUGUCCAAAAAUUAAUUCAGACACGUUUGUAUGCAGUCCCCCUUGUAUUUAAUGCAGUCACAGAUUACACUGGAGCUGUAACAGUGUAUGUUGUGAAUAGAUGUUAAAGCUAUUGCACAAAACGGAAAUCCUUCCUAACGAUUUAUUUCUUAAACCCUUCUUAUGACUAUAGAUAGUGUUUGUGCUGUGGGGACCUGGGAUCCUCUCUUCUUCUCUUCUGCUGUAUUUCCCCCCAGUAUCAGAGAAUGAGGAAACCAGAAAAGUUAAUAAGUUACUUCUCAUUUCAUACCGAAGGUCUGAUUUGCAUCCAGAGACGUAAGGAAAUCCAGAGCCAAGACAGAACCACAAUCAGCUCUUCCUUUUAUGACCAGACACUGUGUGUGAUGGGUGUCUGUAACGAUUAAGUGAUCUUACACUUGAUGAAUAUGUUGUGCCUAAUUGCAAGUUUCAGCCUCAAUUCUGUAUUUCCUCGCCUUUGCAGGUCUGUUGUACUGUCUGUGUUGUUUGUCCAGUCUGACAUGUCUGGUUGCUAACAAUAAUUGCACUGCAGGCUUCAGGAGCUGCUGAACACUGUGAGAACUCUGUAUAAAUGUAACAUCCAAUCAUGCCUGCAAGUAGAGGUUGUAGGUUGUGCAGAUUCCUUACUUAGGUAGCCAGACUUAGGCUUGAAAGUGUAACACCCCUUUCAUUAAAAGAGACAGUCGUGUUUUCAUCUCCCAGGACAUAAAACACUUCUAGGUCUUUACUAAUAAACUCUUCUUUUGUCUCUUCUAAUAACAAAAAAAGUAAUGUUUUAAUGGCUGAAGUUGUUCCACUCACCUUGGGUCACUGGUUAAGACAGUUCCUGAUGUAAUUCUGAUUGGACCUUUCCUGCCAGUCACCUCACCACCCAGAAGGGUUUUGUUGCAACUGGAAAGACCAGAGUGAUAUCACAGUCCUCUGGUUGCUUCUGAAAACAUGACCUAGAAGCAAGACUGUGUACAUGGGCUGGGCUCAUUAAGGGUUUUCUUUUUAACUUGUUACAACUGCAGAGACUACCCUAAAGAAGACAGAAUCACUUGAGUUGUAGUUUUGCUUCUGUUUUGCUUCUUAUUUUGAUAUAGGCCUUUUUUUUCUGUACUUUGUAUCCACUUUGCUUUUUGACCAAAUGGUGCCUGCCCUGAGCGCUCAGGCACGCUGCUCAGAUCUGUCGUGGCUGCUGCUGCUCCUUUCCACGCUGUGCAGCUGCAGUACAGGCAUUUCCAUAUUCCUUUCUCAUCCCAAGUGACAUCAGUUCUUGGCUUGGAGAGGCCAAAUGCUACCCAUCCAGCAACUGCAGGGUGAGGUGUCAGUGGUGGUUGUCUCCCCCAGGAUGGGGUUGCUAGGGAGCUAUCAACAGUUGGGACAUUACCUUCUCCUGGUUUUCUGGAAAGAAGCUGUUUCAGGAUAGGUAAGAGUUGAACAUCAACUGAACUGUGCAUUUCCUUCGUGUGCAGUGGUUAACAGAUUCAUGUGCUUCUGGUGGUGGAAAUUCUCCAGGAAAGACGUGAGGCUGUUUUUAUAGAACCCUGUUUAAUCUGGGAGCCCUGAAUGUAUACUGUAUGUGGCAAAAGUAUAUACAUACAUACAAAAUAUGUACAGUGAUAAUAGAGCUAUUCUUGCUAAUACAGGAGUCUAGUUUAUUGUUCCUUCUUUCUUUGUGUUGUAUGGCAGCAUAUACCUGCAGAAAGCUUUUCUCAUCUGAAAGAUAAGGUGGGUCCUGGAUAGGGAGGUCGUGCACUCCUUUGAGAGGCACGAAAUCCUUCUUUGCCCCACAGGGAUCGGGAAGGAGUGCAAAAUUCUUGCUGUGGUGCUACUGCUAUUUUCAUUGCUUUUGCCUUCCUGUUCCAGUUAGAGGAGCAAAAUGGACCCUUCAGAGGUUGUCUGGAAAAGAGAUGAGGGAGCUAAAACACCACCACAAAACCCCCCAAACGGAACUCAACGUGCUUGCUCAAUAUUCCCAGAGGUGAUAAAGUGAGGAUAAGUUUGCUGGAGGGAUGUAAAUCUCUUGUUGGUGUUUUUCCUUCCUGGCUGGGGCAGAGCUGUGGUGGGAAGCCACUCUCUACCUGAGGAGGCAGCUCCCCUGCUGCCCUCACAAGACUGUUGCAGGCACAAGGGGCAGCAGCUGCCCUUCCCGAGGUUUCACACCCUGCUUCUGAGAAGGUGCCAGAAGGCAGGGGUUACCUUCCCCUGGCUGUGGUGAUCAGGGAGCAGAGCUCUGCUGAGGCCCAGCUCACUGUUAGUCCCAAGAGCCAAAGGUGUUGGUGUUACUGGGGGAAGCAUGGGCCUAGCAGUGCCCCCCUGCUUUUGGCUGAGGGGUGCAUUGGAAGGGAGGGCCUCAAGGGGGCUGUAAGCAGAAGUAAAUUAACUUGAGUUUUCACCUGGUGUCCAUCAACAACAGCUGUUUUCAGCUUCUCAGGUACAAAGGACCAAAUUGUAACACUUAACUGUUUCCUAACUCAUUGUACAAAGGGGUAUUUUGUUACCUCCGUCUCUUUGGUCUGUGAGUAGAGAACAUUCUGUACAUAAAACUGUGUUAAUAAAUGCAAUUUUGAGAACUUCA